UUAACUUAUUUAAAAUGUUAUCUCAAAAAGUUUAUGGCUUUUGUAAUCAACGUCUUUUUAAUUCAAUUAAAAUAGUUCAAUUUGUAACCUUACCAAUAUUGACGAGAAUGGCACACACAGAUUUCAAACCCCCAAAUUACGAUGAUAUUAGAAGGGAUAGUGUAAAAUGUCCGGAUGUAAAAAGUUCGGCUUCAGCUGAUGCAAGAAGAUUUACAUCGGCCGCAGUAACGUUAGUAGCAACAUUAGGGGCUUUAUAUGGUGCAAAAAGUGUAAUGCGACACUUUAUUAUGUCUAUGUCCGCUUCUAAAGAAGUUUUAGCGAUGUCUAAAAUAGAGAUUAAAUUAGGUGAAAUACCGGAAGGUAAAAACGCUACUUAUAAAUGGCGUGGAAAACCAUUGUUUGUACGUCAUCGAACUCAGGACGAAAUCGACAUGGCCAGAGCGGUGGAUAUUUCAAUUUUGAGGGAUCCACAAACCGAUGAAGAUAGGGUGCAAAAACCACAAUGGUUAGUUGUAAUUGGAAUUUGUACUCAUUUAGGAUGUGUCCCAAUGGCGGGUUUAGGUGAUUUUGGAGGAUAUUAUUGUCCGUGUCAUGGGUCCCAUUUUGAUACAGCCGGUCGAGUUAGAAAAGGACCCGCUCCCUUAAAUUUAGAAGUACCUGUACAUGAAUUUGUCGAUGAAGAAACGUUAAUUGUUGGAUAACUUUGUAGUUCAUAUUUGUUGUUUAGCUUUAGAAUUGAAUAUAAAUAUUUACUAACC